UAGCUGACUAGCGGAGGAUGUUUUGAUUCAGUAUGACGCAGAAGCUGCUGUAGUGUGAACGGCACGUACAUAGAGGAUAACGUGAACGCUAUUUUCCCUUAACGGCAGUGAAUUGACAUUAUGAUACCCAUAUUUCUCACUUGUGGACCCAGUGAGGUCUUAGUGGUGUCAGGCAUUGGCUACAGGCCGCCAGCCAUGAUUACUGGAGGGCGGGUCCUGGUGGUUCCCUGCCUCAUGAGAUGGAACAGACUGUCCCUGAAUGUGAUGACUAUUCAGAUAGACUCGCCUGAUGUAUACACAAGUCAGGGUGUGGCUCUCAAAGUUUCAGGAGUUGCUCAGGUCAAGAUAAGCACACAGCACCCAGAAGUGUUAGCAGCUGCUUGUGAACAUUUCCUUGACAUGAAAGAGCGUCAGAUUGAGAGCCUCGUCACAGCAACCUUGGAGGGUCACCAGCGAGGCAUUAUGGGCACCAUGACAGUUGAGGAUAUCUACAGGAACCGGAAAUUGUUUAACCAGCGAGUGUUUGAGGUAGCCUCCAAGGACCUCUACCAGCUUGGCCUUCAUGUCAUAUCAUACACAAUCAGAGAUCUGAGUGACAAAAUGGGUUAUCUAGAAGCUUUGGGAAAGGGAAGAACAGCUGAGGUUCAGCGUGAUGCAAGAAUUGGUGAGACUGAGGCCAAGAGAGAUGCAACAAUCCAGAAAUGUAUAGCAUCGGAGGAACUACUUAAAGCAAAGUUUGAAAAUGAUACACUGGUUGCAAAAGCUGAAAGAGAUUUUCAGCUAAAAAAGGCAACCUACGAUCAAGAAGUUCGAGCAAGGCAAGCAGAAACAGACUUGGCCUAUGAGCUGCAGUCCUGCAAGGUCAAACAGAAAAUCAAGGAAGAAGCAAUGGAGACUGAGGUAGUGGAAAGGAAGGCAAGAAUCUUGGUGGAGGAACAAGAAAUGCAAAGAGCUGAGAAAAGGCUGGAGUCAUCAGUUAAGCAGCCUGCAGAGGCAGAAAAAUUCAGGAUGGAGACCAUUGCCACUGCCAAGAAGCAACAACUGCUGCUGGAGGCCGAGGCAGCAUCUGAAGCUAAGCGGUUGAAGGGAGAAGCGGAGGCAUCAGCUAUAAUGGCAAAGGCAAAUGCUGAAGCUAUACAGAUGCACCACAAAGCUGCGGCAUGGAAGGAAUUUGAAGAUGCAGCCAUGCUCAGCAUGUACCUGGAGACUUUGCCCAAGAUGGUUAAUGGUAUUAGCAGUGCCCUGUCCAAUGUCAAGAGUGUCAAGAUGGUAUCCUCUGGUGACUCUGGUGUUGGAGCACAGAAACUGACCAAGGAAGUCAUGGACAUCAGCAGCAGUGUUCCUACCAUGGUGAAGAACCUGACUGGCAUUGAUCUCUUGAAGAAUCUUCGUUCUGCAUGAAGACAGCCAGAAAGGUACUUAAAUAUAAAACCAGUGGUAAUGUCCACAUUUCAGUUGACAGAGUAUGUACUUUAUUAGUAAACCUUUGUAUACUACUGUAUACUUUGAAUACUACUAUAAUUAAGCACAACUUGUACAAUUUGGAUUUAGUUGAGUUGAGGUGUGGUGUAUAUAUUUUUUAAUUACUACAUGAUAGAUGAACUUCAUAAUUUCUGGAAAAAAAAAAUUUCAAUGUGUUGCAUAGCCAGCCUCCCACUAGCCAAGUCAAGAAAUAUAUUUCUAAAUAUUGUGGAAAACUAAAGUGUUGCUCUAACAUUAAGUUAAAUCUAGGAUUGUAAAAUAGUAGAUAUAGUUACACUACUUUAGGUUAAGGAAAGUGUGCUUUUCAUGCAUACAAGCCAAGAACAGUAUCUUAGGUUAAAGAAGGAGUCCUCACUUUGUGUUGCAAUAACAAUACCAUUGAAUAUUGUAUCAUUCAUGAAUACACAGGGAACUUGAAAAA